GUAUAAUAAUAAUAUUUUGGUUUAUUUUCUUAAGGAUCAAUCCUUAAUUAAGUCAUUUACGGACCUGAUCCUUAUGGACGUGGCAUGUUGCCAUUGGAUGAGGGAGAGAGAGUAUUGUUUCGUUCUCUAUCUCUUUCGUCUUUCUUCGCUCUGUUAAUUUUCUGGGGAAGUUUUUCUAGAUUGAUAAGUUCUGGUAUCCGAAUCACGGAGGGAAUUGAUCACCUUGCUGAUAAGAGGAACAAAGCCGAGUUCGAUGUUGAGGAGAUGAAGAUCGUCUGGGCCGGUUCUCAAGGUUUCCGAUCGAAUCGCCCGCCUUGUCCCCUCCGAUACGAAGCCUGCGUGAGUAGUGGAGGAGUAUCUUGUACGACGGCGGUGGAAUUGGAGAAUAAUGAUCUUGUUCACAAGCGUGACCAUUAAGGACUCGCCAUCGAUAAUGCUGAAAGGAAUGGAGGGAAGCACCUUAGGAGUUUGGGCGGCUCUUGGAGAAGGACGGGCUUAUUUCCCGGACGACGGAGUCUUGGACCAUAUGCUUCACUCAGAUUUGGCUCCGUUGAGAUACUGUGACGAUGAUGGGAGCGUGACUGAAGCAUACCCUUUUAAUCUCAAUGGCUCACCGUUGGGAAUAGCGGCUAUAUGUUCACCUGACAGAAGAUAUCUUGCGAUGAUGCCUCAUCCUGAUCAUCAUCUCGAGUUCUUCUCUUUUCUGUUCGGUCCUCUCAUUCCAUGGAUGACAUGGACACCAUCUAUAAGCAAUUGGGCAGAAGAAGCUAAGCUAAUCAUACAAUUGGAUGAGAUGGAAGCUACAUAUUACAGUCUCUUUGAGCAAGCUUAUGAUUCAUCCCUCGAUGUGAGCAGAUCUUUGCAUCACUAUGAGAUGUCUAACCUUCUUAGUGAUCAGUAUGACGGUGAAGGCGCAUGUAUGGUUAUCAAAUCUGGAUCUCAUGACAAAAAGUCUCAGGUCAUUUUCACCAUUUUUUUAACAAGCUUCCUGUCUCAAUUUGCUGUCUCAUUUUUUAAUCAAAGACACUUAUGGUUAUAUGGAGUUUUUCUUGCUCUCUUUAACAUUUGGUGACUAUUAUGCUGGCUAAAAAAAAACACCAUUGGACAUGAAAAUUUAAUCAGAGUCCUUAACUA